AUGGCCCAACCCAACCACCCGGAUAUCGCCAACAAGCCCGCCCAAGGCAUCUCAUACUUCACCCCGGCCCAGGUGCCCCCCGCUGGAUCGGCAGCAAUUCCUCAGUCCGAUGGAUCGCAACCCCCCAAACUCUUUCAGCCCUUCAAGGUGCGGGGUGUAACGUUCCACAACCGCAUCGGACUCUCUCCGCUGUGUCAAUACAGUGCCGACGAUGGACACAUGACCGACUGGCACAUGGCGCAUCUGGGAGGCAUUGCGCAGCGCGGGCCGGGGUUCGUGAUGGUCGAGGCGACCGCCGUCCAACCCGAGGGCCGCAUCACGCCCCAGGACCACGGACUGUGGAAGGACUCGCAGAUCGAGCCGCUCCGGCGCGUGGUUGAGUUCGUGCACAGCCAGAACCAGGUGAUUGGGAUCCAGAUGGCGCAUGCCGGUCGCAAAGCCAGCACCGUGGCACCGUGGCUCAGCAUGGCCGACAUGGCGACCGAGCAAGUGGGAGGGUGGCCCAGCAACGUCAAGGGCCCAACCAACAUACCCUUCCACGACCGAUUCCCCAUCCCCAAGGCAAUGACCAAAUCCGACAUCGAGGAAUUCAAAAAGGACUGGGUGGCGGCGCUGAAACGCGCCGUCAAGGCGGGCGUCGACUUUGUGGAAAUCCACAAUGCCCACGGUUACCUCCUCAUGAGCUUCCUGUCGCCGGCCACGAACCAGCGCACCGAUGAAUACGGCGGCAGCUUCGACAACCGCAUUCGUCUGUCCCUGGAAAUCGCCCAGCUGACGCGCGAGAAUGUGCCCCAGGAUAUGCCCGUCUUCCUGCGGGUCUCGGCCACCGACUGGCUCGAGGAGGUGAUGCCCAAGGACCCCAGCUGGCGCGUGGAAGACACGGUGCGGUUCGCUCAAGCGCUGGCUGAAAGCGGCAACAUCGACGUUCUGGAUAUCAGCAGCGGUGGGAACCACCAUGCCCAGCAUAUUCAUGCUAAGGCCGGGUUCCAGGCGCCUUUUGCUAUUGAGGUGAAGAAGGCCGUUGGAGACCAGAUCAAGGUCGGUUCCGUUGGUAUGAUCAACUCGGGUCAAUUUGCCAACUGUCUCUUGGAGAACAAUGGCCUCGACUUUGUCCUUAUUGGCCGUGGCUUCCAGAAGAACCCCGGGCUGGCAUGGACCUGGGCUGAGGAAUUGGAUGUUGAGAUCACCAUGGCCAACCAGAUUCGGUGGGGGUUCUCGAGCCGUGGUGGGGGUGUAUACUUGAAAAAGAGACAGGAGAAGAUGUAG